AUGGCUACUCCAGCGCGGCAUCUAUGUCGCUCUCUGUUUCAAAACAGUCGACGAGUCCCCGUGAAACGCAAAUACCAGCCGCAGUUUCUGGUCCGGCACCAAGCGACCAUUUCUUGUCGGCAUCUCUCGACAACCCCUCUGCGCAGAGCAGACGAUUCGUCGAGGUCGAGUCAGGAUGUAUUUGGCGACAGCGGCCUCGACCGACCUUCGGAGUACCUGACUCCUGGGACGCUCAUCACUCCUGCGGACCUGGAUCCCCAGGAGCGCGCCGACUACGACCUUUUGUCCAAAGACGAGCAACGAGAAUACCUGGCUUUGCAGAACCACUACGCAGCCGUCUUCGAGUCCGAACAAGCUGAUGCGGCACUGGACGAUAUUGUCACCGAUGUGGACAGGCAAUUGGAGAAGGAGGUGGAAGACGUUGACUUCCCCGAUGUGGGAUUGUCCCAUAGGGAAAUGGGCUACUGGGCCAUGGACGAGGACGACGAAUUCGGCCAGGUCGAGGACGGAGACGAGCCUUGGGAUGAUUCUGCAAUCUCUUCGGUUGCGCACAGCGAGUUGGAACUGCAUCGCGAGGUGCGAGAGUACACGAGAGUGAUAGCGUGGGAUAUGCCACUGCUGCAUCAAUAUGCAAAGCCCUUUCAACCGCCCAACGAAUCCACACCCCUCCGCUUCCGAUACACGACGUAUAUGGGUGAAGCGCACCCAGCGGCCAGGAAAGUGGUUGUUCAAUUCUGUACGAAAGAUCUGCCCAACCUCACGGAAGCGCAGCGACUGAAGCUCAUCAAGCUUGUUGGCGUACGCUACAACCCGGACACAGACGUGGUCAAGAUGUCGUGCGAGAGGUUUGAAGCUCCGGCGCAGAACAAGCGCUAUUUGGGUGAUCUGGUGAACAAGUUAGUACACGAAGCGAAAAAUGGGGCCGACACAUUCGAGGACGUUCCGCUCGAUUUCCGGCAUCACAAAUCGAAGCAACGGGUCACUUUCCCAGAGGAGUGGAAAUUGAAGCCGGGACGGAUACAGGAGCUGCUGCAUGCAAGGCAAAAUCGAAACUUGUUGGAGGCGAGCGAGACGGCCACCCCAGACGGCAAGGAGGCCAUGCACAGCUAUGUACAAACUAUGGGUCGAGGGGGGGCCAGUCCGGAAAGGACAUUGUAA